AUAUAUAUGUAUAUACUGUGAUAGUCAUAACUGUAUGAUUAAAAAAAAUAAUCGUUUUAUUUUAUAAAUUUACAAAAUAUCAAUUAUUAUUGAUAAUGUUUGAGUGGGCUUAUGAUGGUGUUAACAGUUCUAUACCAAGGAAUGUUGGUCCAGAAUGUGCAUAUUACUUAAGUACAAAAAGAAAAAUAAUUGAAACAGCUUUUGUAUCUAUAUUUAUUAUAUCAUUUUGGGUAUGGGGUUUUAAAAAAAUAACAUUACCGAAGAGAUUACCAUAUAUUAAUCAAGAUAGACUUGGUAAAAAAGUUUUAUUAAUUAUUAUGUCUAUGGUCCUGGGUGUAGAAAUUGGUUUUAAAUUUACAAGUCGUACCAUUAUUUAUUUAUUAAAUCCUUGUCAUAUUACUACUGCUAUGCAGAUAUAUCUAUUAGCAGCAGAUCCAAGUCCUUUGGUGACAAGUAUCUUCCGAAUACAUAUGAAUCUUAUGAAUGGUCCUGUGCUGGCAUUUUUAUUUCCAGAAACAGAAUCUCGAAGAAUAUUUCCAGAUAAAGCAGUAUACUAUAUUCAACAUGGUUUAAUGUUAGUAAUACCAUACUACUUAUUAAGAAUUGGAGGAGUAUACAAUGUUGAACCUUUAUCAGAUUUGAACUGGUCAAUUUUAAGUUAUGGUUUUAAUCUAGCAUACCAUUUCUGGAUUUUGCAACUUAUUGCUUUGCCUGUACAAGUGAAUCUCAGCCAUAUGUUAUGUUCAGCAGUCUUAGAUCCAUUUGAGGGACAAAAUUAUAGAAUGGGCGCAUUUGUACAUCAGGGAUUAUUGUGCCCUUUUUUGUCUAAAUUAUUAUGCUAUUUAUAUGAUUAUUUGUUGACUAAAUGUCCUAUAACAAAAGUUAAGCCAUCUCUUGAAGUUGCAUUAUCAAGGAGAAAGUAUGAAGAUGGAAACAAUAAACAAGUGUCAAAUAAAUUAGAAAAUGGACAUACUCACUUAGAGUAGUUGAAUCUCUAAAAUUUAAUGUAAUUCAUAUAUACGAAUCUUUUGUAAUAACAAAGUAAGUAUUUAAAAUAUUUAAAUAUAAGAACAUUAAAAGCAAUUAUUACAAUUUACUAUUUACAAUACUAUAUAAUCUAUUAAUAUACCAAAAUUCAUUUGACUACAUUUUUUUCAGAGUAGUAUUUCCUGGUCAUGUAAUAAUUAGUGAUAACAAAUGAUCUUUGUGUGAUCUUAGUGAUACACAAUGUAUAUGUAUUUAAGUAGCAUGCCUAUUAAUUUUUCAAAUAUUCAUAUUUGUUUUAAGUACUUAUGAAGAAUUAUGCAUAAAUACUAAUCAUAAUAGGAAUUAAUUAAGGAAAGAAUAUGGCAGCAAUAAAGGUAGAUAGUACAUUAAUGUUUCAAGAGCUUUUUUAUAAUUAUAGCAUUAUUGGUGACAUAAGAAGAAAAUUUACAAACUAAAAUAUUUCUAUACUAAAUAUAAAUGAAUAAAUUACUUUUAAAAAAGAUGUUUUAUUAGAAAUAUACCGUAAAUAAAGCAAAUUGAUAUCGUAUAAAGAAGAACUACAUCAAAUAUUAACAGUACCAUAAAGUAUAAUUAUAUAAAAAAGGGACAUAAUGUUUUUAAAGAUCUUCUAUUUUUGACAGCUGUUCUUUAAUGAUUAAUUAUUUUACAUAAUUUAUUUACUUUUUAAUAUUCAGGUUUAAAUGAUAUAUUAUAAAGAAUGAUAAUGUAUAAUAGCAUAAUAGCAUGAUUACAAAAAAAAAAAAAAAAAAAAAAAAAAAAAAAGAAAGAAAACAAAUCUGUUACAAUAUUGUUAAAAUUUAUAAAUACACUUUUAUGGCCUGAAUUUAUUAUGAUGGCCUCUAAUGUACUUCUACUAGAGAGAGAUGCAAAUGAGUAGAUAAUGUGUGUUUAUAUAUUAUAUUUUAUAUUUAAAUUAAACUUUUUUUAGUGUACUGUUCUAAGGUAGGAAUAUCUACAAAAUGGGAUAUCUAAAAAACAUAAUUUCAAAAAUCAGUUAUCUGGGUGUUAUAUAAAUAGUAUAAAAACAGAAAUAUGAGAGAUUAUUAGUAAUUAUAUCCUAUAUGAAUGUAAAGAUAAAAUAAACUGAUUCAGUGGGA